UUUAGGUAUUGCGUCUUCUCGCGCUGAUGCUCUCCGUGCUUCAUCACCCAUCGCUUGCUCCGUGAGACCCAGAUUCGGGCUCGGAUGAGUUCAUUUGAUGGAGGGAUGUGAGUGUUUGGUCGUGGGCCCUCGGAUGCCCCCACCCCCAGCUCCCUCAUCCCGCGUCUCGACGGACCUGAACAUUGCUGCAGCCGCAUCGCCGGCUGCCUCCGAACUGCGUUUCCCCGCCGCGAUAGACGUCCGCGGAAACCGGUGAGCCGCUGUCACGGGAGGACGCUGGACCGGAGAAAUCCUGCCACACACCUAAAGGAUAACAGCAGACAGACAUUAAAUCACAUUUGUAGGUUUUUUUUUCUAUGGACCGUCUUGUUUACAAGCCUGACAGAUAAACAGCCAGCUGAUGGUGAUAUUACGACAUGUAGGAGCUGGAUAACUAUUGCUGUGUGACCGACACCCAUCUGCAGUGGAUCUGAACAUCCUACAGAGGUUAAGCCCCUCCAUUUCAGUAGACCCACACUGAUCAGAGAAAUGUUCUAAACGCAAAACAUCUGUGACCAUGAAAGGGUUGGGAGCCAGUCGAAGUCGUCACCUGUCUGACUCGUGUGAACCCACGGGGUGCGCUCAGAAGCCUUUGUGUCCUUUGACAUCUGACCCCCACAGCUCUUUUUUGUUGAGCCCUACAAUAAAUCACUAUGGUACACUGGACCCACAUCUCCAUCAAUGCACCCCAACCAGCCCCACUUCCCUGACCCCUGACUGCAUGCUUCCUUUCAGCCAGAUUCCCAACAGCAGCACCUUCCCUCGCCUGCAUAACACAGCCCAGGCUGAACAGCUCGACUGCUCCCAGACCUGUAUGGCUGGUGGUGGAUUUGGGCAGGGUAGCAGGGCAGGCACUCUGUCCACCUCCUUGUCUAUGGGAAUGGGUUUGGGUCUGGGUUUGACUGGUGCUCCAAUGAUCACAAGUGGAUCAGCCACCAUCUCCACUGCAGCGGCAGCCAAGAUGAACCGGUUACCCACCAGUCUUUUGGAUCAGCUGGAGAGACACCUGCCUCUGCAGCGUGAUGGCUUCAGUACACUGCAGUUCCACAGAGGACGUGUGUCUAAGCAACGCAGUGAGAGUCCAGGGCGGAUACGUCACCUCAUGCAUUCUGUGCAGAAGCUGUUUGCUAAGUCCCAGUCCUUAGAAAACUCUGCAGUGAAAGGCAGCAUAAACUCCUCAGGAGGUGGUGAAGAACGGCCGAGCCGCCGAAGUAAGAGUAAAGACAGGGCUAAAACUGAGGGUCAAAAACAGAAACCUAGACCUAACACAUUAAGUCUCUGGAGCUCAGAUGAUGCCCUGGAUACUGACACUACCAAAGCUGGUACCAUCGCUGUAGGGUACCGUAACCCACUGAGCAUGAUGACUCUUGGUAGGGCAGUGUCGGAUAGCCAGACUGCUCUCAGACGUAUCCCACAGGGCUACAACACCAUUUCUGCACAUUCUCUCAAGACCUCAAAAAGCAGCAGUGACCUCAAGUUCCUGGCAUGCCCAGCGAUGCAGGUAGUAUCAAAGGAAGAAGAAUCAAGAACAAGGAUAAGCAACGAUGACAUGGUAGUGAAGAGGGGUUCGUGGUCUACUCUCACCCUCAGCCAGGCCAGGCAAGUGUUGCAGAAGGGCUCAGCUACAGUCAACAGGACUCUUCUAAAGACAAAGUCAUGCCAUCAGGACCUGUCACAGCAGUUCCUUCAGGUCCCUGUGGACGACUGGGCAGGAACCCUGGGUCAGGGACGCACCAAAGGAACUGAGAUCCCUUGUAGAAGGAUGCGCAGCGGAAGCUAUGUGAAAGCUAUGGGAGAUCCAGAAGACAGCGAGGAAUCAGAGGGAAGCCCCAAACCUUCCCCCAAAUCUGCAGCCCGUCGCCAGAGCUACCUGAAGGCCACCCACCAAUCCCUGAGCGAGCAGCAGCCUCCACCUCCUCCAUGCAAGCCUCGCUGCUACGCUCUCAAGAGGGAGGAUUUUCUGUGGCCUCCUCUGCAGAGUGCAUGCUCUAUGCAGCAUCUGAGCUCUCUGCCAUCCUUGAAAGAGCUGUCCACUAACCGGAGUCUUGAUAACCUGGACUGCCUAGUGAGCCCUCUGGAAGCCCCUCCGCUCCACAGGAAUAUCGAUUUCAGCCAAUGCUCUGGUUCACUGGGCAGAGGUCUGGGCGCUCAGCAUGUGGGUCUGCACACGUUCCUCCAGGUGUGUGCACAGGGCUGUGGGCAUGCGGUGCCAUACUCUGAGGUGGAAUCACAGGCAGUGGAGGCUCUGGAUCUGCCUGCACCAACGUGCUUCCGCUCUCGCAGCCACAGUUACCUGCGGGCAAUCCAAGCCGGCUGUUCCCAGGAUGAAGACACAGCUUCUGUGGAUUCGGAGACACCCCCACCCACCAGCGCAGGCUACAGCUCCAACACUAUCAGCAAUAGGAAGGCUCCUCCUCCAGUCCCACCCCGCAUGACCUCCAAGCCCCUCAUCUCUGUGACGUUGCAGAGCAGCACUGAAUCAGCCCAAGAUACGUACCUUGACCAGCAGGACCGAGGCAGCGAAGCCAACAGCCAAUCAGGGUGCAGCAACUCCUCUGACAGUCUCUGUAGCAUCCGCACGAGCAGCCUGGCCAAGGGGAGCCAGGCUCCAAAAGCCCCUGUUCCUGUCUCUACUGUUGCACCUGCUGCAGCCUCAGUGCCCCCUGUUCCAGCUCCUCGUGACCUCCCUACUAUCACCACUGUUGCCGUAUCCACCAACUCCACCUCUACUCAUUCCCAAAAUGACUUUGUGACUGGAUUCACUCUUGAACAGCCCCCAACUGCAUCCAAGAGGAAGCUGUCCUCUAUUGGCAUCCAGGUGGAUUGUGUUCUUCCAGUCCCAAGAGAAGAGCCACUACUACUGUCUACACCUCUAAAGUUUCAGUCCAUUGGAGUUCAGGUUGAAAACGGCAGACCUCUUAGCCGUGACAGCAGCAUGGCUUCCAGACAAAACACAGAGACUGAUCCUCUGCUGCAGGAUGUGACACCCACAGAGAACACAAGCAAUUGCACCAACAGUCAUAUUAUGAACACCACUGCAACCAACGGACAAGGCAAAGCCAUUGAACAGCAGCUCCUCAAACACACCUCAGCGCCACCAAGGAUAUCCAGUUCACCCCCUGAGAAGCUGGACCCUGCUUUGGAUCCCUCCUCCCUGCCACCUCCAGAUCCCAGCCUAGAGUCUGGAAACUGCAGCUCGCAAGAAGAUGCUGUUCACUCGAGCACACCAGCAUGCCUUAGAGACGGCAACUGGUUUCUGAAGCUGCUGCAGGCGGAAACAGGCCGCAUGGAGGGCUGGUGUCAGCAGAUGGAGCAGGAGACCAAAGACAACAAGCUCUCAGAGGAAGUUUUGGGUACAAUCCGCAGUGCUGUAGGCAGCGCUCAGCUCCUCAUUUCACAGAAGUUUGAGCAGUUCAGAGGACUUUGUAACGAGAAUCUGAAUGUAAAUGCUAACCCAAGACCAACAGCACAGGACCUUGCAGGGUUCUGGGAUCUGCUGCAACUCUCUAUAGAAGAUAUAAGCAUGAAGUUUGAUGAGCUCUACCAGCUGAAGGCACAUAAAUGGCAACUUCCUGAAAAAACGGAAAAAAAGGAUGAAAACAAGCAACUUCCAUCUUUGCCAAAGAAACAGUUGAAAUCCCGCCUGUUGACAGGGAAAGACAAGAGUGUGGACUCGGCUGUGGAUAAGCAGCGACAAGAAGCCAGAAAACGGUUGAUGGCAGCAAAGAAGGCAGCAUCAGUACGACAAAACUCAGCCACGGAAAGUGCUGACAGUAUCGAAAUCUACGUUCCCGAGGCGCAGACCCGCCUCUGAGACUGCGUCAGCAGCAAUCAUCAAGCAAAUCCUGACUUGCGCCAUACAUGAAUUGACUCAAAACACAGUUCUAAGAUGAUCACACACACACUCAUUCAACUGAUGCACCGAGGUCGAUCUCUUUUAGCAGCAACAGCUAAUGAGGGACGCGAGGAUCAACAGAGCACCGUUCAACUCCUGAGAGUCAACCAGCUGUUAAGGGACUGGAAUAAAAACCUUCACAGAUGUUUAAUAUUAUUGUUAUUGUUGAUAUUAUAAUAAUUAUUAUCUUCUAAAGUAUUUCAAGACUGUCUUUAAUUGUUCAGCUACCUUGGAUUAGGAAUAAUGUACUUUGUGGGCUAAAUAAUUUUGGUUUCCCAGAAGUUUACUUUCUCCCUCAAAAAAAAUCCCUUCACUGCUGAGUCUACAGGCAAAUUGUGGCUGUGCUACCAUUUCCACACACACACUCAGGACACACAUGCAGGUGUACUCACUGUCCACAGAGUCUUCCUGUUCUCUGCAUUGGGCUGCCACGCAUUGGGUGCGGUGUGGGCUCUUUACUGUGUAAUUAAAGAUGGCGUUCUCAGAGGUUUAAAAUGAAGAGGACCAGAGGAAGGCAGUAGCAUAUAUAAUGAAUAUUACACUAUUACAAUUUAAAUUUUGUAAAUGUUGUACACCAGAUUAAUAGUUAGAAAGAGAUCAGUGUUGAGCACCAAGGUAGUUUUUUAGAGUACAUUUACUAUCAUUUAUUAGCACUUGACAAAAACACUCCAUGUUUUCUUUUCGCUCCUCCACAAAUAUUCUCCACACAGACCCAUUCUCAAAGUCUUUGCUUGUUUUAUUUUGAUUGAUGAAUUUGAGGGUUGACUGGCUAGCUAGUGAGCCACAGUCGAAUGUAUGAAUUAUCAUGACUACUUGAUUACUGCACUUUUAGUUCAUGCAGGGGACCAAAACCGUUACUACUUAAUUUGGCAUUCCCAUUCAACACGAUAAGAUCGGCGUUUUCCUUCUACUCCAAAGGAUCUAAACUAGCAUAGCAAUAAUAGGAUUAAGUUGGAUCGAGCUUCGCUGUAGGUACUGUCUUCACUUAUUUAAUCAACAUUUUUCAGUAGGAUUUUCCUGACAUGAAGGAUGGAUUUAAUUUUUUUUUUAAUGAACUGAAAAUCUCAGGUUUAACACUCAGUAGUAAUAACCACCAUGGAUGGAAGAUUAGCUGUAUAAGCUCAAAUGGUUUGGCCAGAUGCUCCGAACUUCUGCAUUUUACUUCAUGGUCCUCCAAAUCUUAUGGAAGUUUCACCAUGAUGGUCGAAGUCGUUUGUUUGGCCCUCCUUUACUGCAGCUGAACUUCUCACUGAGUUUGAGAAUCAAGAUCAUAAUUACUCAUAAUGCAAGGGGUUUUGUUCUUGGAUGAAAUCAGUCAUUUUAUUCUUAAGUUUUUUUGAGCAAUGUAAAGUCCUUAAAAUUUAAAUCUGUGCGCUUAUCAGAAAAGUCGUCCGUGCACUUCAGGGCACUCCAAAUUUUCAUGCCUCGUCUAAGGGUGACUUCAAAACUUCAGUCAAGGCGUUGGAAUUUUUUAGUGUUUAUUUAAACAUUAGUUUGAGUUCAACUGCAGAAGGGCAAUAAAACCGACAUACAUAGUUAUUUUUAUUUUUUCAUAAGAACUGGUUCUCACCCUGGUGGUCAGUCCAUGGGUGCCACUCCAUUUUCAAUCAGAAGUUAUCCAGCAAGAAUUGUAGUUGAAUUGGGAAUGCUGACACAAUUCUGCGUUGUCACUUUACUUAUUUUCUUUGUAUAACGCCAAACUGGACAUGUGCACCUCAUUGUCCAAAGAAAUCAUUAAACAUCCCUUUGCUACA